AGCCUGGCCCGAUCAUGCGGGCGGGCCUCUGGCGCCCGCCUUCGGGCCGCGCGGCCUGCGCGGGCGCCCCGCCCGCGGGCGGGAGCCAUGGAGCCUCCCCGCCCAGACGGGGACUCGAAGCUCGCCUCGGUGGAGCAGUGGCGCCUGGACUAUGAGACAGGCGGGCCCGGGGCCGUUCACGUCUCCGAGUUCGCGGAGAUCCGCGCUGCGUCGCCCAGCGGUUGCGAGCUCGGCCGGGAGGCGUACGGCCGCCCCACGAACAGGCGGGACCUCGGCCACCGCUGCCAGCACUGCCGGCGGCCCUUCAGUGCGCUGGGCCUGGACAUCGUCACGGAGAUCCAAGGCCCCGCGCAGCGGUUUCACGCCGAGUGCUGGAAGCGGUUCUGCGCCGCGUACCAGGA